UUAACUACGUUCUGCAGAGUUUCCGAGUUCACUGAUCGCAACUAUGUCUGGCCGUGGCAAAGGUGGAAAGGCUAAGGGAAAGGCGAAGUCCCGCUCCAAUCGUGCUGGACUGCAAUUCCCCGUCGGUCGUAUUCAUAGACUUCUGCGAAAGGGAAAUUACGCUGAGCGCGUCGGCGCCGGCGCCCCGGUCUACCUGGCCGCCGUGAUGGAGUACUUAGCUGCAGAAGUGUUGGAGUUGGCGGGUAACGCCGCUCGCGACAACAAAAAGACCAGGAUCAUCCCCAGGCACUUACAACUGGCCAUUCGCAAUGACGAGGAGUUGAACAAGCUGCUCUCAGGCGUUACCAUCGCUCAGGGUGGCGUACUGCCAAAUAUUCAAGCGGUCUUGCUGCCCAAGAAAACCGAGAAGAAGGCUUAACUACAGCACAGCAAUCACAAACGGCCCUUUUUAGGGCCACCAAUUUUUUCAUAUACGAUGAAUAUCCCAUUUGCAAUACUAUUUUUAUAUACUCUACUAUUUUAUAUACUACCUUUAUUUAA